AUGCAGAACAACAUCCUCUCGGUCCCCUUCCGCAAGGGCGCCCAUCUGUCGCUGUCGACGGCCGUGCGGCAGUACAUCUCGACCAAGUAUGAUCAGCACCCAGACAUGUUCCGGCAGGAUCUCGAGGUCAUCGAGUCCCUGCGCCGCGAUGCCGUCAACGUGCGCGAGUCGCACUCGAGCGGCGUCAAGAAGCUGCAGGCCUACGCCGCCCAGCUGGUCUGGAUGGCCGGCAAGUUCCCCAUAGACAUUGGCGCCGACUUCACUUGGUACCCUUCGCUGGGCUAUAACACAGAACGGCCGAUAGUACACAACAACCUCCAGUACGAACUUGCCAAUAUCCUCUACAACCUUGGCGCCUUGUACUCGCAGCUCGCCGUCACCUGCAAUCGAUCCGAUACCGAGGGUUUGAAAACGGCUGCAAGCUACUUCAACCAGUCAGCAGGCGUGUUGAAGCAUGUCAAAGAACAGAUCAUACCGGAACUCCGUACCACGCCGCCCGAAGACAUGGAUGAGCACACCCUCGAAUCGCUGCUGCAGCUCCAGCUCGCCCAGAGCCAGGAGUGUUACUGGCAGAAGGCCGUUAUGGACGGCUACAAGGACGCAUCGAUAGCCAAGCUUGCUGCGCGGGUCAGUGACCUGUACAAUACAGCUGGCGAAGCUGCCAUGCGAUCCGAGGCCAUAAGCAGCAGCUGGAUACACCACAUGAGCGCCAAACACCACCACUUCGCCGCCGCCGCGCAGUACCGGGCUGCGUGCGACUGUCUAGAAAAGCGCAAGUAUGGCGAAGAAGUUGCCAGACUACAAGAUGCCGUUGCCUGCGUGAACGAGGGCUUAAAGGAGAGUAGAGGAGGCUACCUGAACAAAAUUGUGGUUGACGAUCUCAACGGAUUAAAGAGGCGUGUGGAAGAAGAUCUGAAGAGGGCCGAGAAAGACAACGACCUGAUUUACCUGAACGUUGUUCCCCCUAAAUCUGAACUGAAGAUACUUGACCGGGCGAACAUGGCAAUAGCCAAGGUUCCUCCUCCGGUAUCAGCCCCCCUCGACCACUUGGGUGACAAGGAGGAGUUUGGUCCAGCUCUAUUCACGAAGCUUGUGCCCUACUCGGUACACAUUGCUGUGUCUAUCUACGAGGAGCGUCGCGAUCGUCUUAUCAACCAAAAUAUCAUCGCAGAGCUUGAGGUUUUGAAUGAAAGAAUCCAUGAGAUCAUGUCGUCACUCAACCUCCCGGGUUCUAUUCAGUCAUUUGAGAAGCCCUUGGGGCUACCUGGUACUCUUGUUCAGCAUGCUGAAGAGAUUCGGCAAGCGGACGCAAUCAACAGACUCCAGCGCAGCUUCUCUGAUAUCGAAAAGCUCAGAGCUGCCGACAUUGCCGUUUUUGAGGAGGGCAAGGGUCUUUUACAGGCCGAGGAAGAAGAAGACACGCGACUGCGUCAAAGAUUUGGUACUGAGCGAUGGGCUCGGCCCGAUAGCCGUUCUGAUCCCGUACAAGGUGCCAAAUUGUGGAACCAGGUCGGCGAAGCGGCAGGCUGGUUCAGCAACAGUGGAAGUAGCGAUGCUCUUGUUCGUGAAAAGUUCUAUGCUGUUGAGCCUCUUCUAGCCGUGCUCGCUGGCCCGGACAGGGGCAUGAUGGACUUUGUACCAUCGUCGCGACGCACGGAGAUCCCAGAAACUCUGAAACCCGCCAUUGGCCGCCUGAGAAGCGUCUACAACGACGUCACACGCCUUGAGAGCCGGCGACGUCGAAAAGCCGAAGCGCUGCGGGAGAAAGCCAAGAGCGAUGACAUCAAGUCGGAUAUCUUGGGUGAGGCUGCGCGACUUGAGCGUAGUCAGGCAGUCGCUACUGCCAUCGUCCCCGCACAUUUUGAGGAUUUCUUCGAGAAGCGACUAGACUCACUCUACGAGCCGGACAUGGAGUUAGUUCAAAAAGAAGGUGCAGAGCAGGAGAAGCUGAUAAACGACUUGAUCCGGGUGAAUCGCGAAUUUGAGAGUCAAAAGAAGGUGGUCGGCGACAGAGGCAACCGCGAGCGCGAGCAGGCAUUGCAGAAGCUGGAGAAUGCAUACUACAAGUACAAGGAGCUCAUCAGCAACGUCGAGGUUGGUAGAAAAUUUUACAACGACCUCAGUCGCAUCGUUGGGGGCUUCAGAGACGGAGCCAGGAGCUGGGUCACGGAACGUAGGCGUGAAGCCCGGAUGUUGGAGGACGAGCUGUCUAUGCCGCCGCUGCAUAACCUGAGCCUGGACCAAGGUGCCCAGAACUACGGCCAGAUACCAGGCCAAGCUCCGCAACAGCCGCCACAGGGUUAUUUUAGCCCUCGGCAACAACCACAACAGCCGGCCAGACAGCCCGUCCAAAGCCCGGCGGAGGCACAUAUCCAGAGCUGGGCACCGCCCGCCGAGACGGUCGCCCCUCAGCCACAGCAACCCAGGGCGAACCCCAUGCAAGCAAUGUGGAACCCAGACGCGGGCAUCAAGUUCGCCGGCUCACCGACGCCAGCCUCGUCCACUGCCAAUAAUCCCGCAGCCGGGGGAACAUGGGACCCUACGAAGGGUAUUCGGUUUGGUUAG